UAUUUCCCUGUUCCAGCAUUCCCUGGCUAAGAUCAAGGGGAGGAGUGGGUAAGAGGCGUGCUUGUUGAUGUCAUGAUGAAGAGGCAGAGCUUGGGCUCAGAUGAAGCUUAGUGAUCUUUUGCAGGUACAGAGCCUUGGUUAGUGUUUCUGUGUCAUGCUGCCGGCUCUCUCUGUUCCAGCACUCAGCAAAGAAUAAGGAGGGGAGGUGCAGCUCUGAUCCCAGGGGAGGGCCCAUGCCAGAGAAAGACAUGAACAAGCCAAGCAGAAAGCAAGAAAGAGUUACAUAGAAGAGGAGUUUCUUUUCAUAAAUCCAGAAUUGUUGGCAUCGAAGAUACUAGCUGUACUGCUCUGCUGUCCUAUCCCGCUCAGUCAUCCGGUUCAGCACCACAAAGGAGCAGACAGCUCCCGGCGCUAGUAAAUAGAUAGUAGCUUAGCACAUGAGCUCCUAGGAUCCCAUUACCAAACAGCAAUCAGUGUGUAAAGCUCCAUAGCAUCAAACAUACUUUGGCUACCGGGGGAUUCUCAAGCACAAUGUACCAGGGACAUAUUCAGGGGAAAAGCUCUAGGGAGGCAGAUAAAGCUGUUGCCAUGGUGAUGAAGGAGAUACCGAGGCACCCGUCUGGUGAAGAAAAGCCCCUCCUUUCUAUGACAUCACAGUUGGUAAAUGAGCAGCAGGAAAGCAGACCUCUCUUGAGUCCAUCUAUUGAUGACUUUCUUUGUGACACCAAAUCAGAAGCAAAACCAAGACCUGUGACUUCAAAUACAGCAGUAUUGUCACCAGGGCUAGACCUUCUGGACUUAAGUGAACCUCUUCCCCCCGCACAAAGUAAAGGAAAGAAGGCAGAUGUUGCAUUAAAAGGAGAAUCCUCCAGAUCCCAGUCCAUUAAGAAGAAGGUGGAUGAUUCUGAACUAAUUAAAGCUGAGGCAGAAAAGACCACCAAGACUGUCAAAAUUCCAGAAAAAGCUACGUUAGAUUUAGUACACAUUCAGAUGCAGUUGGAAAAAUGGGGUGAAGGGCGUUAUCGUGGAGAUAGGAGCAGUGAGGGUCUUCAAAACCUGGAAAGAAAAUCAUCUAAAGAGGCUUCAAAAGAGAUCUUGUGGUCUACGGAUGUUAGAACACCAUCGAAUAGAGGAAGUAUUGUGGCGGAAAAUGAGAAAAUAUCUGAGCUUGAGCUUGCAACUGCCCCAAAAGGACCACUGACUAGAGAAUCUCGAAUGGGCGGAGCCUUCCUAUCCAGGAACCAAUCUUUAGAAGAAGAAUUCGAACGAGCAAAGGCUGCAGUUGAGUCAGACACUGAAUUUUGGGAUAAGAUGCAAGCUGAAUGGGAAGAAAUGGCAAGAAGAAACUGGAUUUCUGAUAACGCAGACUCACCAAAUCAAAGCGGAACUUCAAAAGAAAUGGGGUAUUAUUUUCACACAGACAACCCUUUUAGAGGAUGCUCCGGGGCUUUUGAAGAGGGGAUGAGGAAAUUAAAAGAAGGGGAUUUGCCUCUUACCAUUUUAUACCUUGAAGCUGCAAUUCUGCAUGAUUCCAAUGAUGCUGAGGCCUGGCAGUAUCUUGGUAUAGCUCAAGCAGAAAAUGAGAAUGAACAGGCAGCUAUCAUUUCCCUCCAGAGGUGCUUACAGCUACAACCAAAUAACCUAAAAGCUCUCAUGGCCUUAGCUGUCAGCUUCACCAAUAUUAGACACCAGCAAGAUGCAUACGAAGCACUGAGUAAGUGGGUUAAGCAAAAUCCCAGAUAUAAGCACCUUGUGAAGGGCAAGUCAGGGUCCCCAGCGCUCGCCAGGAGAAUGUCGAAGACUGUGUGUGACAGUGUGUCCUUGGAAGAGGUGAAGGAGCUAUACCUGGAGGCGGCACACCAGAAUGGGCAACUCACAGACCCUGAUUUACAAACAGGACUGGGGGUCUUGUUCAAUCUCAGUGGAGAGUAUGACAGAGCAGUGGAUGCUUUCAACUCAGCCCUUGCUGUCAGACCAGAGGACUACUCAUUAUGGAACCGUCUUGGAGCAACACUGGCAAAUGGAGAUCGAAGUGAGGAAGCUGUAGAGGCGUAUUCCAAAGCACUUGAAAUCCAGCCUGGCUUCAUCCGAUCCAGAUACAAUUUAGGAAUAAGCUGCAUUAACCUUGGAGCUUACAGGGAAGCUGUCAGCAACUUUCUCACAGCCCUAAGACUCCAGAGAAAAAGUAGGACUCAACUGAAAAUUCAGCCACCUGUGAGCUCAGGCAACAUUUGGGCAGCAUUAAGAAUAGCCCUUUCCAUGAUGGACCAACCAGAUCUUUUUCAUGCUGCCAACGUGGGAGAUUUGGAUAUCCUACUGAAAGCAUUUAAUAUAGAAUCUUGAAGGCAUGCCCACUUAUGAGACAUUCUGGCAAAAAAAUGUUCUUCAUUGCAGACUUCAGAUGGGAAUCAUAUUCAGUACCAUUAGAACAACAAUAACCUGGAUUUACUCACUUUAUCCCCAAAGAUUAUGUUAUUUCUGACACGAAAAGCACAAACCCUGGGGCCAUGGUAAAGAACUUUUAUAUGAAUAUACAGAUGAGAUGGAACUUAUCAUGGCGGUUUAUUUACAUAUAUAUUACUAAAAUAUUACAUUACAGUUUUUUAGUUUAGUGACUGAUGCUCAUGGUUUCUAUGGUAUCUGCAGGCACCUGCUAAAGAAGAUUAGCCCAGAUACAAGGAUACCUCUACCCUUCUUGGCUGGGUGUCUGCAUGCUGAAGGUGCUGUAUGCACAGU